AUGCCGCAGUCUCUGGACGAUCUUCCCAACGAACUUCUCGAACAGAUAACGUCGUAUUCUGAAGUCUGGGAGAAACGGCCUCCCCCCAGUUCUAGCAUCUUCGGUGUCCUUUCGCGUGUAAAUCGUCGCUUGCGAGAUUUUGCGCUACCACAAUUCUUCGCAACGCUGCAUCUGCCUUUGACGGAUGUCUCAUUCGCAGUUCCAACAAUUAGCGCUGGCCCCUUUGUGCGUCUUCUGGCGCUGAUCAGGAGCAAUCCAAUCUACGGAAACUCGAUUAGAGACCUUAUCGUUGGACACAAGUUCUACCCAUUCUUUGACCUGUUUUAUAUUGGCAGCGCCAACGCAUCUCUCUCAGCGAGCCGAUAUGCUUGGGAAGUAUUCGGCGCGGAAAGGCCCUCACCCUGGUUGAACCUGGAAAGCUUUGCGUGCUUGGACAUGUCCUGUGGUCCUGCAACGAUAGAGGCCCUUCAGUCCUGCGCCAAUCUGCGGAGUCUGACACUGGCAUGGGACGACACUACGUAUCCGGACUUGGAUGGUUUCCCCAAUCUCGAGUCGUUGCGCCUUGCCGGGAAGGCGAUAAGCUGGGACACUCCCUCCGUAUACUGGCUCUCCAUGGAGGAGUAG